AUGCCAUGCACGAAGCGCAAGAGCAUUAUAUUUGCGGUUCGCUUCAUUUCACUUGCUAUUAUUCUUUAUAAUUUCACAUUCACGCAAGGAGAUGGAGCCCAGAACACUGCAGUAAGGUGUUUGGAGAGGGAGAGAGAAGCUCUUCUACAGUUCAAGAAAGGGUUUUUUGAUGAAGAUGGCGUUCUGUCUUCUUGGGGAAACAAAACAGAAUGCUGCAAAUGGUGGGGUGUUCAUUGCAGCAACAAAACCGGCCAUGUAAUUGUUCUUGAUCUUCGCUGCCAUGGCUUUCCGCUGAGCGGAAAGGUUAGUCCUUCUUUACUUGAACUGCAGCAUCUGCGUUAUCUUGAUCUUAGUUACAAUGAUUUCCAGGGACAUAACAUCCCAGACUUCAUUGGUUCCUUCCAUAGUUUAAAAGUCUUGAAUCUUAGUUCUGCUAUGUUUUCUGGUAAAGUCCCAAAUCAGCUUGGGAAUCUUACCAGUCUCCAAGUUCUUGAUCUGAGCAUAAACAAUUUAGGAGGCCCCAUACCAGAUGCAUUUCAAGGAAUGAAAUUUCUCCGGAGAUUGAAUCUUAGUUCAAACUAUUUCACCGGGGGCAUUCCCAAAUCUCUGGGGAAUUUGAGCCAUCUCACCUCUCUGGCAUUAAAUUUUAAUGAAUUGAAAGAACCUCUCCCUGAUCUACUUGAAAAGUUAUCAAAGUGUGCUGGAAAGUCGCUGCAGUUCUUGCGGUUAGAUGGCAAUGAACUCUUUGGUCCACUCCCAGAUAUUAUUAGAACCCAAUUUCCAUUCUUGAGAAAGUUGAAAGCAUCAUAUAACCACUUGAAUGGUUCAUUGCCGUCGAGCUUUGGAAGUCUCAAGGAAUUAGAGCUGGCAGGUAACAAGAUCACAGGGUCAUUUCCAGACAUCAAAAGUCUUGGAAUUGUAUCUGGUCUUAGAGUUCUUGAUUUGAGCCAAAAUAAGAUAACUGGAAUAUUGGCGGAUUUAACCCCAUUCUCAUCAAUGCAAGAGCUUCUUCUUGGAAGAAAUCAGUUGAGAGGUGUCUUACCCGAAAGCAUAGGCCAGCUAUCCAAGCUUCAAAGUUUGGAUGUCUCAGCAAAUUCAUUUGAAGGAGUGAUCAAUGAGGCCCACUUUUUGAAGCUUUCCAACUUAACAUUGCUGAAACUGUCCUUCAACUCGGGGCUAUCUUUCAACUUCAGCCCUGAUUGGAACCCUCCCUUUCAGCUAGAUGUCAUACAUUUCACAAGCUGCAAAUUGGGUCCAAAAUUUCCAAAAUGGCUACGAACUCAGAGCGGGUUCUCUGAGCUUGCUAUCUCCAAUACUGGCAUUUCCGAUACAAUGCCUAACUGGUUUUGGGACCUGUGUUCCAAAGUUGAACUCUUGGACUUGUCCAACAACAAGAUUGAUGGUGAACUGCCUGAUUUGUCAACCAAGUUUGGUGUUUUUCCAGAAAUUGAUCUUAGCCAUAACAAUUUCAGGGGUCCAAUACACUCACUCCCUCCAAAAGUCAAAUCCCUCUAUCUCUCAAACAAUAGCUUUGUUGGUUCGAUUUCUUUUGUGUGCAGAGUUCUCAAAUUUAUGUCUAUAGACCUCUCGGAUAAUCAAUUCUCUGGAGAGAUUCCCGAUUGCUGGCAUCACCUCUCACGUUUGAACAAUCUCAAUCUUGCAAACAAUAAUUUCUCUGGGAAAGUUCCUCCCUCUUUUGGGUAUCUGUAUUAUCUCAAAGAAUUGCAAUUGAGAAACAACAACUUCACUGGAGAAUUGCCAUCCUCAUUGCAGAACUGCACAUUACUGAGAAUUUUAGAUUUGGGGAGAAAUCAGCUGAUAGGGAGAGUCCCGUCAUGGUUUGGAACAUCUCUAGUGGACUUGAUCAUUGUUAGCCUUAGAGAGAACCAGUUUUAUGGAGAUCUUCCUCUGAGUUUAUGUCAUCUUAACGACAUUCGUGUCUUGGAUCUUUCUCAAAACAGAAUUGCAGGAAGAAUUCCACAUUGCGUGAGCAACUUCACAUUUUUGAGUUUGACAAAGAGCUCCUAUGGAACCACCGUAGCAAGUAAUGUAUAUUUUGCCUUCCAAUAUGAUUCCUACAUAACCAACAUUUUGAUUCAGUGGAAAUACAAUGAGCAGGAAUAUAGUAGCCAAUUGAGACUCCUGAAAGUGAUUGAUCUUUCAAGCAAUCUCCUGGCAGGAGAUAUUCCCGAAGAAUUUUCUAGUCUUCACGGAUUAAUUUCUUUGAACCUAUCAAGAAACCAUUUGACCGGGAAUAUCAUACCAAAAAUAGGUCAGAUGGAAAUGUUAGAAUCUCUUGAUUUGUCUCAUAAUCAACUCUCUGGUGAAAUUCCAAUAAGUUUGGGUCGUUUGAGUUUUCUUCAAAUUCUUGACUUGUCCAACAACAACCUGUCUGGGAAAAUUCCAACAAGCACUCAAAUGCAGAGUUUCAAUGCAUCUUCUUAUGCCCACAACAGUGGACUGUGCGGUGAUCCACUGCCCAAGUGUCCUAGAAAUGUUCCAAACAAAGACGAAGAUGAAGAUGAUGAUGAUGGGCUUAUCACGCAGGGGUUUUACAUAUCAAUGGUCCUGGGGUUCUCUCUUAGCUUCUGGGGAUUUCUUGUCAUUUUUUUCUUCAAAGGCUCAUGGAGAGACGCCAGGACUUCAGAGACUGGGUUUAUGUCAUGAAACCUAGACAUCACACAGGCGGAUGGGAUGGUUUUGUGCAAACUGGGAAAAGAUACUAGUCUAAAGUCCUUUUUUUUUUUGAAAAUAAAGUCCU